AUGCCGACCCUCGAUGUCAGCGAGUUGAACAUUGUUCUCGGCGUCCUUGGACUGUUCACCUUGCUGUACGGCAUCAUCUCCGUCAAGAUCAAGUGCAAGUGGUACUUGGGUGAAGCCUUGCCCGCGGUCGCCAUUGGCGUUCUGCUCGGUCCCUUAGCAGCCAAAUUUCUCGAUAGCACACGAUGGGGUUCUGCAACGGAGGGACAAACCAACGCCAUCACCCUGGGCCUUGCUCGUGUGAUGAUUGGUGUCCAGCUGGUCAUCGCCGGCUACCAGCUGCCCGCUAAGUACCAGCAACUGCGGUGGAAGGAGAUGGCCUUGUGUUUGCUUCCCAUCAUGACCAUCAUGUGGCUCUGCACCACCCUCUGCAUGCUUGCUACGGUGCCCAAGAUCACCUUGCUGGCCGCCCUCGUCAUCGGCUCCUGCGUCACCUGCACCGACCCCAUUCUCUCCCAGGCCAUCGCCAAAGGACCCUUCGCCGACAAGUUUGUUGCCCGCCCCCUGCGCGAGAUCAUUUCUUCUGAGGCAGGUGCCAACGACGGCUUUGGUUUCCCUUUCCUCAUGCUGGCAGUCUACCUCAUCCGCCACGCCGACAUCCCUGGUGCCGGCGAAGGACAUGAGACCGCUUCUGUCGCCGAGAGGGCCAUGAGUCUUUUUGCUCGUUCGGAGGAGGGAGUCGGUCGUCUGGGUGGCGGCGUCGGCGUGGCCCUCACCAACUGGGUCGUCGAGACCUGGCUCUACAUUGUCUUCAUGUCUGUUGCCAUCGGUAUCGUUGUCGGCUUUGGCUCCGGUAAGGCAUUGAAGUUUGCCCUGCGCAAGCAAUGGGUCGACUCCGAGAGCUACCUUCUCUACCCCACCGCCAUUGGCCUGUGGCUCGUCGGCAUCUGCGGCAUGCUCGGUACCGACGACCUCCUCGCUUGCUUCGUCGCCGGCAACGCCAUGAACUGGGACGGCGAGUUCCUUGCUGAGACCGAGAAGCGCCACGACGAAGUCAACUCUUGCGUCGACGUCCUCCUGAACUUCGGAGGCUUCAUGUACAUCGGCACAAUCAUGCCCUGGGAUCAGUUCAACCAGCCCGACGUCACCGGUCUCACCUAUGGCCGCCUCUUCGCGCUCGGGGGCUUGGUCCUUCUCUUCCGCCGCAUCCCAGCCAUCCUGAUGUGCUACAAGAUCAUGCCCAAGGUGUGCCAAAACUGGAAGGAGGCGCUGUUCAUGGGCUACUUCGGUCCCAUCGGCGCCGGCGCCGUGUUCUAUGUCGAGCACACGCGCCAUCUCUUCCCAGAGCUUGGCAAGGGCGACGAAGAGGAGACGAACCUCGUCCGCGUCAUGAUUCCGGUGGUCUACUGGCUGGUGCUCUUCUCGAUCGUCGUCCACGGCCUGUCAAUCCCUGCGCUGAACCUGAUUUACAAGUACGCUGGUGUCAAGCCCAUCCAGGAGGACGCCGUCGAGCUGCGUCGGGUGUCGAUGCAUGUGCCCACGCCGAAGAACGCCACGGUCGGCGACCGCGACACGUUCAUCGCGUACAACCGCUUCUCGCGCCCCGUGUUCAACACGGCUGAGCUGCCGUACUUGACGAACAACCAGAAGAUGUACACGCACGAUGAGAAGUCUUUUGACAGCUUGGGGAAAUAG